AUGCUUAAGAAAAUCUCCUCCGAUUCGUAUCGUCUUCUUGCUCCGGCACUAUCACCAUCUUCAUCAUUGUCACUAAACAGAGCAGAGAUCGAACGUGUCACAAGGAUCAUCAAUGAUCAUCCAUACCCAAAUCAUCCGAUUCAACCCAUUCUCACAAAACUAAUCCCUUUAUCUUCGUUAUCACCGGAAUUCGUAUCGGAAGUUCUCGGUCGUCUCUUCGCUGCUCAUUCCAAUGGCCUUAAAGCUCUCGAAUUCUUCAAGUACUCACUUAAAGCCCCUAAUUGA